AUGACAAAGUUAAACUUUUCAUUGUGCUUUAUUGGUUUGUUAUUAUGCUUGAUUGUGUGCUCCAACUAUGCAGAGGGGAAAACAUGGUGUGUGGCCCAAAGCCAAGCAUCAAAUUCGAAAUUACAACAAGUUCUUGAUAAUUUGUGUGGACAUCUCAACUGUAAAGAGAUCUUACCAGGAGGGCCAUGCUUUGCUCCCGACACUUUGCGUAACCAUGCAUCGUAUGCCAUUGAUCUUAACUAUCGAAUCAAUGGCAUAUGUGAUACUAGUUACGCGACUCCUGCUAUCACUGACCCUUGUAAGUAUCUUUCGUGUCGUCUUAAUUAA